AUGGAGCUGGUACCCAUGGGAAUUUCUCGCCAGUGUUCAGCCAGUGUCACAAAGCUGGGCCACUACACCGGGGCAGCGUCAUUCACUGUGACGGGCGAGGAGUGUCUCCAGUGGACAGAUUUCCCAGACUACAUCGAGCAGUAUCCUAACAAGGGUCUGGGCAACCACAACUUGUGCCGCAGCCCCGAUGGUGUGGGGGUGCCGUGGUGCUUCUACAGAAGGAAGAGUGGUUCAAUCAGCUGGGCGGAGUGCGACUGUAAUCACGGUGCCGUUCGACUGAGUGGAGGAGCCAGCCAACAUGAGGGAAGAGUGGAGGUAUUUCACAGUGGACAGUGGGGCACUGUCUGUGACUUGAACUGGGACAACAGAGAUGCCAGUGUGGUGUGCCGUCAGCUGGGCUUGAGUGAGAUAGGUAUCGGGAAGAGGAAUUCAUUCUUUGAGCCUGGACAGGGACCCGUGCACUUGGCUGCGCUUCACUGCCAUGGGGACGAGGCAGCCUUGGUACAAUGCAGAAAUGGCACAGCCACAGAAGGCAUCUGCGGACAUCACCAUGACGCUGGAGUUGUAUGUGGGCUGCCAGAAGGUUCAGUGAUGCCCAUUCGACUCGUUGGAGGGAAGGAGCACCACGAAGGACGAGUAGAAGUCUUCCAUGGAGGACAGUGGGGGACUGUCUGUGACGACCAAUGGGACGAUCUCGAUGCUGAGGUUGUCUGCAGGCAGCUGGGUUUAAGCGGGACAGCCAAGUCUUGGAUGUGGUCUCACUUUGGGCCAGGAUCAGGUCCAAUCCUUCUGGACGAUGUUGAAUGCACAGGCAAUGAGUUAUCUAUGGACGAGUGCAAGAAGAGUAACUGGAGAGAGCACAACUGUGACCACACAGAAGAUGCUGGUGUCUCCUGCGAUCCCUUCAGAGAUGGUGCUGUGCGGCUGGUUGGAGGCAGAGAUUCCACUGAGGGAAGAUUGGAAAUCUAUCGGAACGGAGUGUGGGGCACGGUGUGCGAUGAUAAGUGGACUGAGCUGAACGCGGAGGUUGUCUGCAGACAGCUUGGAUUCAGAGGCCCUGGACUGGUGGCAUCAGAGGGCACAUUUGCACAGGGAACUGACUACAUAUUCCUGGAUGAUGUGGUCUGCAUGGGAACUGAAACUAAUCUUCUGGGAUGUGCUCGGAGCAACUGGGGUCAGCAUGACUGCUCCCACCAUGAGGAUGUGGGUGUGAUUUGUGCACAGGAAGAGACCAACAAAAUAACACUGUCCCAUACAGGGCCGGUCAUCAGACUAGUGGAUGGAGAGAAUAGGAAGGAGGGGCGAGUGGAGGUGUAUCUUGGUGGAGAGUGGGGAAGUGUCUGCGAUGACGGCUGGACUGACACAGACGCGAGGGUUGUCUGCAGACAAUUGGGUUACAGUGGCCAGUCCAAAGCCAGAACAAUGGCCUACUUUGGGGAGGGUCGUGGACCCAUUCACCUGGACAACGUGAUGUGCACGGGCCAUGAGCGGUCACUGGAUGAAUGUGGCACACUAGGAUUCGGCGUCCAUAACUGUUGGCACAGUGAGGAUGCAGGCGUGAUCUGCGAUUACGAAGAGGAUGUGCUGGAGGAUCUCAGCAGCAAUGGUUCUUUACAUUCAGUGUGCGGCCUGCGUUCAAUGAAUCGUCGCAAAAAGCGCAUCAUUGGGGGAAACAAGUCUAUCAGGGGUGGAUGGCCUUGGCAGGCUUCACUGAGACUCAAGAUGUUCCACCGUGGGAGCCGGUUACUAUGCGGAGCCACAUUGAUCAGCAAUUGCUGGGUGCUGACAGCAGCUCACUGUUUCAAGAGGUUUGGUAACGAUACACGCCGUUACUUUAUUCGGGUUGGUGACUACCACACAGCCGUGGAGGAUGAAUACGAGCGAGAGAUCCCUGUGGAGAGAAUUGUCAUGCACAGGAACUACAGGCCAGACCACAUCGAUAAUGACAUAGCGCUGGUCAGAAUGAAGGGCAGGGAAGGACACUGUGUGACAUUUAAUCAGUACGCAUCACCAAUCUGCUUACCAGGCAGAAAUGAGAAGAUCAGAAUCAACAGGCAAUCCUGUUACAUUACUGGCUGGGGAGACACAGGACAAUCCUACUCAAGGACAUUACUUCAAGGUGCUGUUCCCUUACUACCAAAGGACAUCUGUCAAAGGCGCUACAGGACCAAGUUUACGUCCCGGAUGCUCUGUGCCGGCAAUCUGUCCGAACACAAACGCGUCGACAGUUGCCAAGGAGACAGUGGUGGUCCCCUGGUGUGUCAGCGCACAGGGGGGCGCUGGGUUAUUCUGGGGGUCACCUCCUGGGGAUAUGGAUGUGGAAGGAAAGAUUCUCCUGGGGUUUACACCAAAGUAUCAAAGUUUGUAAACUGGAUCGGGAAAGUGACUGAAACCAGAGUGAAAACUCAGGGCAAGCUAUUGAGCAAGGCAUGAAAUGGUGGCUGGGAGCAAAGGACGAGAUGGAACAACUUCUUUCUCAGCUACACCAAGAAUAAAACUGAGCUGUCAUCAGAAUUCAGGCAAUAUGGUGGCUUUUAUGGUCAUGUUAUGUUGGCAGAUCUGGAUGAAGAAGAUGAGAUAUGAUCUUGAAUCCCAGCAUGCCACUGAGGAAUUUAAUCCAAGUUACAUGCACUCAGUGGCCACUUUAUUAGGUACACCUGUACACCUGCUUGUUAAUGCAACUAUCUGAUCAGCCAAUCAUGUGGCAGCAACUCAAUGCAUAAAAGCAUGCAGGCAUGGUCAAGAGGUUCAAACAUCAGAAUGGGGAAGAAAUGUGAUACAAAUUACUUUGACCACGGGAUGAUUGUUGGUGCCAGAUGGGGUGGUUUAAAUAUCUCAGAAACUGCUGAUCUCCUGUGAUUUCAUGUACAACAGUCUCUCGAGUUUACAGAGAAUGGUGCAAAAAACAAAAUAUAUCCAUUGAGCAGCAGUUCUGUGGGCAAAAACAUCCUGUUAAUGAGAGAGAUCAAAGGAGAAUGGCCAGACUGAAGCUGACAGGAAGGCAACUGUGACUCAAAUCAUGUUACAACAGUGGUCUGCAAAAGAGCAUCUCUGAACACACAACACAGCAAACCUUGAAGUGGGUGGGCUACUGCAGAAGGAUUCAAGAUUGUUUAUUGUAAUUUCCAGUACA